AUGGUGGUACAGAAGGAGAAGACCUGGGAGGAGGCUCUGAAGUACUGCACAAGUAACCAAGGUAACCUCAGCAGCCUGCUGUCUGAGACCGAGAACCUUCUGGCUACAAAAGAGAUCCAACAGACCAGUAUCACUGGGCGGGUGUGGAUCGGUCUGCGUUACCUUGGAGAUGAGUGGCUGUGGGUGAACGGGGACCCUCUGGAGUACUGGAAGAAGAAGCUAGGAGGAGAAGAAUACCUCCAGUGUCCACUGAAGAGACGCUGUGGAGCUUUAACCAAACAGGGAGAGUGGGAGAGCUGGGACUGCCAGGAGAAACUCAGCUUCAUCUGUGCCUGA